AUGAAAGCAUUUGGGUCAGGCGAAAGUGAACCGAUGGGCUUGAUCCUGUUGCUCAAUCCGACAGACACAUUAGACACUCAAAUCUGUUCGUCUCUGAGGCACGAAAACCGCGACCUAAAACCUGUUGACGGUCUAUUGGAGGCUAAGCAUCGUCUGUACCAGCCAACCCAAUUUCGAAAGUCAACCAGAUCCGAUUUGCCUGUUGACAACACUCGGUUGGUGGAUGUUCUCCUUAACUCUGUUGGGGCUAAAAUCACUCUUGCCCUCUGA